AUGACAUCAAGCAGUGUUUCGGUUCCACUUUCAGUUACUACAGUUGGGGCAAACCCAACAACAACGUUAUUGUUAUUAGCGAAAUGUUCAACAUUGUCACAAGUGCGUCAAAUUCACGCCCACAUCAUCAAAACAAACCUCGUCACUCACGCAUUCUGUGUCGCCAAACUCAUCAACGCUUUUUCUCGGAGUUGUAAUCCCUACGAAGCCGUUUCCGUUUAUACCCACUUGCUCUCUUGCUUCCAAGACCUGCGGGGAAUCGAGUUGUCUGUUCCCUCUGCUCUCAGAGCUUGUGGCAGAUCGUGUGCAUUCGAGGAGGGGAAGCAAAUUAUGGGUUUCGUCUUGAAAACCCAUUUGUGGCGCGACCCGUUUGUCUCCAACUCCGUGGUUCGAAUGUGGUUGGAGGUUGGUGAGAUUGUGCUUGCAAGAUCGGUGUUUGAUAAAAUGCCUGUGAGAGACUUGAUCUCUUGGAACUCCUUAAUUACUGGUUACUUGAGGGCCGGUGAGAUUGAGAUGGCACGUGAGGCUUUUGAGGAAAUGCCUCAAAGGGACGUGGUUUCGUGUAAUGCCAUGAUUGAUGGGUAUGGGAAGCAUGGGAAGUGCGAGCUUGCUGAGGAGGUUUUUAUGUCCAUGAGUGUCAAGGAUGUGGUUACUUGGACUAGUAUGAUUUCAGCUUUUGUUCUUAAUCAUCGCCCAGGGAAAGGGUUAGAUUUGUUCAGAGAAAUGUUGAGUUUAGGGGUUAGACCGGAUGCCCCUGCUAUUGUUAGUGUCCUUUCAGCCAUUGCUAACCUGGGUUUUGUUGAGGAAGGAAAAUGGUUACACACUUACAUAUAUAAUAAUAAGAUAGAACGAAGUUGUAGUUUCAUUGGAUCAGCACUCAUAAACAUGUAUGCAAAAUGUGGCCAAAUAGAUAAUGCCUACAACGUAUUUAGAAGCAUUUGUCACCGGCGAAAUGUUGGCGAUUGGAAUUCCAUGAUCUCUGGACUUGGUUUACAUGGACUGGGUCAUGAAGCUAUCAAGGUUUUCCUGGACUUGGAAAGGGCAGAACUUAAGCCAGAUGAUAUCACUUUCUUAGGGCUAUUAAGUGCUUGCAACCAUGGAGGCCUUAUGGAUGAGGGUCAAUUUUAUUUUGAAACUAUGCAGGUAAAGUACAAGAUAGCUCCUAAAAUUCAGCACUAUGGAUGCAUUAUUGACCUUCUUGGCAGAGCAGGUCGCUUAGAAGAGGCACUUGGGGUUAUACAUGAUAUGCCUUUGGAGCCUGAUGUUUUAAUUUGGAAGGCCAUUCUUAGUGCCAGCAUGAAGCACAAUAACGUUGUAAUGGGGCACAAUGCUGCAUUGCGAGCUAUAGAAUUGGCACCAGAAGAUUCAAGUUGUUAUGUUCUUCUCUCAAAUAUCUAUGCCAAAGCAGGAAGGUGGGAUGACGUGACUAAAUUUAGAUCAUUGAUGAAAAAAAGGGGAGUAAGAAAAGUUCCUGGAUGUAGCUCCAUUCUCGUGGAUGGUAUAGUCCACGAAUUCCUCGUGGGGAAGGUCAUGGAUGUGGGGUACAACCAACACGUUCUGUCCAAGUUAGAGGAGGUUGUGUCUAAGUUGAAGUCGGAGGGAUAUGAACCUGAUCUCAAUCAAGUUUUUCUAGAUAUUGAAGACCAUGAAAAAGAGAGCCAUCUAACUCUUCAUAGUGAGAAGAUGGCUCUUGCCUUUGGACUGUCGACUAUCCCACAAGGCAUUCCCAUUCAUAUAGUGAAAAAUUUAAGAAUUUGUUGUGAUUGUCACACAUUCAUGCAGAUGGUUUCAAAAAUCUACAACCGGCGAAUUAUUGUCAGAGAUCAAAACCGUUUUCAUCAUUUUGAUAAGGGUUGCUGUUCCUGCAGAAAUCAUUGGUAA